AUGGAGGACGGAGUGUGUUCCGAGAGCUCCAGCAGCUCUAGAGACCAGGUCGCGCAAGGAGUGCAGGAAGAUAUGGCGCGACAAAACAAGACUGCUACGAACACUGGCGACUUUAGGGAUUCUGGUGAAAGCUCCGUAUCAGCCAGGGGACAUGGAGACACAGAGAACCCUCGUCCAUGGAGCGAACUAAAAACUAAGGCGGGCAAGGAGCGCAAAAGACUCCCACUUGCUUGCAUCGCCUGUCGAAGAAAGAAAAUUCGCUGUUCAGGAGAGAAACCUGCCUGCAGACACUGUUACCGUUCUAGAACCCCUUGCGUAUAUAAAGUCACGACGCGAAAAGCCGCACCCCGCACGGAUUACAUGGCGAUGCUGGAUAGACGGUUGAAGAAGAUGGAGGAAAGAGUGAUCAAGAUCAUACCCAAAAAUGGCACCCGAGAUAUGGCCGCAAUUGGAAGAUCGGUCGUCAAGCCUCCUGCUCCAGGCCAGAUCUCUCGUGGAUCAAGGCCAGCCCACAGAAAGAGACCUGCAGAUGAGGCUUUCCGUGCUGAGCUUAAUCAGUGGAGACAACCCAACAAAGGUAACCCUACUUCAUGGCAGCCCCGGAUUGAAGAUGACAAUAAGCUUUUGAACGAGGGCGCGGAGUUUCUUCCCUCAACUGAGCUCCAAGAACAUCUCGCGGAAGUCUUCUUCGAUUGUGUGUACGGACAGUCCUAUCUCCUGCUACAUAAACCAAGUUUUAUGCGCAAAUUGAAAUCUGGAACUGUUCCGCCUGUUCUGAUGCUGGCCAUCUGCGCCGUUUCUGCUCGCUUCUCAACACACCCGCUCGUCAGUACUGAGCCGGCAUUUUUACGGGGAGAAAACUGGGCAAAUCCGGCCGCAGCUAUUGCGCUCAGCAGACAUGACGAGCCGAGCAUUACGAUGCUCACUGUAUUUAUCAUCUUGGGGCUCCAUGAAUUUGGCGCCUGUCAUGGAGGACGGAGUUGGUCGUUUGGAGGUCAAGCCUUUAGAAUGGCUUACGCUCUUCAGCUCCAUCGAGAACUUGACGAUGAUCCUCGGGGCAAUAGUGCGUCCGAAUUUAGUUUUACAGAUCGUGAGAUCCGACGGCGGACGAUGUGGGCGUGUGUACUGAUGGAUCGGUAUAAUUCCUCUGGCAGCCAGAGGCCACCUAUUGGCAACGAGAAGUUCCUACGCCUACAGCUCCCUAUCAAAGAGUCAUAUUUCCAAAUGGAAAUUCCAGGGCCCACAGAGGAUCUGGAAGGUAAGGUCCUUAACCCACUUCCCGAGGGCGUGGGCCAACUAUCUAAUCCGAAGGAAAAUAUGGGUGUGUCUGCAUAUACAAUUCGGGCGUUGAUGCUUUGGGGGAGGGCCGUAGAUUACCUUAACCUUGGUGGCAGGAACAGGGAUCCUCAUCCUCUCUGGUCUCCAAAGUCAGGCUACUCACAAUUGAAGAAGCAACUAGAAGACUUCUCAGCCUCGCUUCCUAAUUCUUUAGCCUUCAGUCUGGAGAACCUGCGCAACCACGCGGCGACAAAGAUCGCAAAUCAAUUCCUCUUCCUACAUAUAGUUAUUCACCAAAAUAUUCUCUUUUUAAAUCGAUUUGCCAUCCCCCUCUCGCCAGGGGCAAAGCCCCCAAAGGAUAUUCCUCGAACAUUUCUUAGCGAUGCUGGUCGUGCGGCUGUUGAAGCCGCAAACCACAUUUCUAUGUUGGUUAAUCAGGCGCCAGGCUAUAAUCUGACAGUUCCCUUCGCUGGUUAUUCUGCCUAUGCAGCCAGCACCGUACACAUCUGGGGGUUAUUUUCGAAGAAUCCUAGACUUGAAGCAACGUCGAAAGAAAACCUUCGCCACAGCUACGGAUACCUAAACAAAAUGAAGCGGUACUGGGGAAUGUUCCACUAUAUGGUGCAGAGCACCAAGGAUCGAUACCGCCUGUUUGCGGAUGCUUCCAUCAAAGGUGUGCAGGUCAGUUCCUCGGAGGAAGAGGAUGCUCCACUAUUUCAGUAUGGGGACUGGUUCGACAAGUACCCGUAUGGCCUUUCACGACGUCAUUACACGGAUCCGCCAUCUCGGCCUCUUGAUGCGGCGAUGGCGCAAAACUAUGGCCUUCAAAGCGCGGAAGACUUCUUUGCAAGUCUUUCACCGCCGUCACAUUCUGAUAACCCUCGCAAGGAACCAAGGAGACGGACAGGCUCAAGUACUGAACCACGGCAACCAGCUUUAAACUCUAUAAACUCUAAUAAUCAAUAUUCGUCACCUCAACAGCAACCACAAUCGUCAUCACAACCGCCAUCACAACCGCCUCCACAGUCACCUCCACAACAGCAACCACAGCCUCAACGCCAAUUGCAGCAGGUACUACAACAUGCCAUCGUGGAUGUGCCCAUAAACCCGACACGUCCCCCAGAUUUCAACCUUAAUACCCAUGCCAUGCUUCCUCCAGCCCAAGCUCCCAAUUUCUCUCAAUCAACCUACUUCCCCAUGAACCCUGACCAAUUACCGCAACUCGAUCGCCAAUUUGUGUAUGAUGCACAUACGGGCCAUGAUCCAACUUCAACCACGUCGACAUCCCCUCAAAUGCCCAAUCCAAUACCCGUAAACCCUCCAGCAAGAAUGAGCCCAACCCCAAAUGUGUCGACGCAACAAGGACCAAAUCUCUCCCCCACAGUAUGGAACUCUCAAUUUGACAUGUCAGGCGCGCCUGCCACCUGGUCAGGUGAAUUCGCACAGCCCGGUGCCUGGUUUUUGCCCUUCAAUCUGAACCCCGUUGGCCGAGGUCUAUUAGACAUGAAUGCCAAUCCAGUUACAAACGUGGAUACAACUGGGCCACGGGCACUUGGAAUACAAGCGUUGGCUAAUAAUCCAGGUCCAUACCCAUUGUCCAAUGUGAUGAUGGGUGCAUAUGGCCUUGGCGUCUGA